AUGAGCAACGCCGACGACAAAGCCAACGCCCCUGCCUCCCCCUCGACGCCGGCUGCGACCGCACCAGCAUCAAACGAGACGCCUCCUCGCGAAUCGAUCUCGCUCAAGCGUGGACGAGAAGGCUCCGUUGACCCUCAAGCCGCCCCCGUCGCGCCGAUACCCCCUAAGAAGAACCGCUUAGAAGGGGACGUGCUGACCCGUUCUGAUACGAAGGACUCCGAUCUUGUCGCCGACGUCGCUGAGACACCUGGGCGGGAUAACGAGGCGCACAGCGAUGAGGACAGCAACGGCUCGGCAAAGGGUGACGGCGAGCCAGCAGCCGCCAACAAGAAGGAGGGGCAGACUGUGAAGGAGGUUCGUCGCAAGGUCGAGGAGAUGAACUGGAAGGAGGGCGAGAAGCCGAACGCUGCUGCCGCCGCUCCCUCUGAGGAGAAAGAGGAGGAGCCUGAGAAGAAGAGCGAGGAGGGCAAGGACGACGACUGGGUGCAGGUUGAUAAGAGCGAGGCCAAGGACGACGAGGAGUCGACGCUUAAGCGCAAGGCCGAGGUCGACGCCGAGGGCGACAAGAAGCGCAAGUCGACAUCUUCAUCUCCUUUCGCCGCCGCGGCUGCGAGCUCGUCACCGUUCGGCGCUGCUGCCGCCAAGCCCAACGCUCUCGACAGUGGCUCCUCGACCCCGAAUGCACUUGACACGGCCGCGAAGAAGCCCUCGGCCUUUGGAUCGUCCGGUUUCGGCAGUUUUGCGUCCACGUCGAGCCCGUUCGCGAAGAAGCCCAGCACGACUGAGGAGAAGAAGACUGAGACGUCGACGAGCUUCGGCGACAUCCUGAAGGAGAAGGGCGACGCGGUCGAGGAGAAGAAGAUCCAACUGGACAAGCAGGACAUUCCCACCGGAGAGGAGGAGGAGGACACGAUCUACCAGACGCGCUGCAAGCUGUACGCACUCGACGACCAGGGCGGCUGGCGUGAGCGCGGAGUCGGCAAUCUCAAGCUUAACAAGCACAAGGCGACCGAGGCCGCCCGGCUUGUCAUGCGCUCCGAGGGCGUGCUGCGCGUCAUCCUGAACGCGUCGCUGUACGUCGGCAUGACCUGCCUCGAGGACGGCAAGCAUGUGCGGACGACAGUCUUUGAGGGCAAGGACAGGACCUUCAUCACCAUCAGGGUCGCGGCCGAACUCGCCUCGGCGAUCCACGAGCACACGCCUCUGCAGUCCAAGGCGAACACGAAGAGCCCCAGCCCGCAAAAGACCACCACCACGUCGGCCGAGGACGCUGUCUGA